CAUUUGUAUUUCAGUUAAACUCCGUAUUUUCAUCGCAUCACAAGUGCAGAGGCGAGUGUUGAGCUUAAAACGAACGAUUAAAAUCCGAAAAAAGAAGACAAGUAAAAAUGCGUUUCCUACUGUCCGUUGGCAUUGUCUUCGUUGUGUUCUUGGCUUAUGCCUAUUCCGAUUCCUGCGUACAAUGUAACUCGUCCAACGAUCCCAAGUGUGCCACACAACCGGAAAAUUUCUUGGCCAAGCAAUGUACCAAUAGCAGCUCCACCUGUUACGUUCGUAUUGUGGAUGGUGUCACAAUUCGUGGCUGUGCCAGUGAGCUCGACAAUGCCACAUUGUCGACGUGCAACAACAACAUGGAAUGCAUGACCUGCAGUUUUAUGGAAGGCUGCAAUGGGGCCCUUUUCCCCCAAUAUCGUCUUAGCUGCAUCCAAUGUUUCGGCAGCCUGAACAGCACCUGCUCUUUGGAUAUUUCGGCACGUCCCUCCGUCUGUCCCACCUAUAAAUUGGGUGACAAAUGUUACAUUCGUCGUGAUGACAAGAACACCACCCAAUCGUUCCAACGUGGCUGUUUGUCCACCGCUCAGUCGAAUGGCGUUUGCACCGACACCAGCGACUGUUACACCUGUGAGGGUAACGGUUGCAAUUUCUUGCAAGCCAAUGAAACAGUGAUUCCCUGGGCCAAGGGUUCCGGCUAUGUUUAUGGAUCAUCAUUGUUCAUGAUUGUGGUUGCCUUCUUUGUGACCCGACAAUCUUAAGAGAGAGAGAGGGGACGAUGAACGAACGAUGAGAUGAAUGAAAGAGAAAGAAGGAGUUGUUAUCAUUUUUUUAUACUAUCCACCUUUUUGCGUUUCUUGUGCACUCUUCAACGAUGGCAGCGGCGGCGGCGGCGGCGACGGCGGCGAUGACACCUAAAGUGUGAAAAACUUAUAAUUUGUCCCUUUUGAAGAUUUUGUUUUUUUUUUUUUUUUACCGGAAGUAGAUUCAAUGUUGAAUUAGUAACAUUUUUGUUUUUGUAUAGAGGCGAAGAAGAAGAAAAGCAAUAAUAAAAUUUUUAUGGAGUGCAAAGAAAA